AUGACUGAAAAGUCUCCAGCGCACAGGCACCCGCCGGGCGUCGUCAUGGCAGACGAGCAUACGCCCUUGAUAGCCACGGUUGUCGUGGCGGAGCCCAGGCAGCGGUACCAGCACCACUACGUUCGACGCCUGUGUACCACUGCGAUAUGCGCAUGUCUCUUUGCCUUCUUUACGACAUUCGUGGUCCUGGUGUGUCUCGAUCCCGACGACGGCUCCUCUUACUUUCCUGGUCCGCCAAGUGGACCAGCUCACUCUACUGCGCAGACGGGGCCCAACUUCUCGCACCAGGACUUGCUUGGUGUCCUUUUCGAGACCCCAUCUGCCGAAAAGGCCGAGGACUGGAGCAGAUACUACACCGCCGGUCCCCAUCUGGCAGGCCAGAACUUCUCUCAGGCGAGAUGGACCCAGGAGAGGUGGAUUGAGUGGGGUGUUCCCUCUGACAUUGUUUCUUACGACGUGUAUUUGAACUAUCCUGUGAACCAUAGCCUCUCCGUUCUCAGCCGCGAGGAGAAAGACAGCAAUGCGCAAGAUGCCUCUUGGAAGGUUGACUUCGAGGCAUCGCUCGAAGAGGACAUCCUCGACGAAGACCCCACAUCCGGUUCCGCAGAUCGCAUCCCUACCUUUCACGGCUACUCAGCAAGCGGUAACGUUACCGGUUCCUUUGUUUGGGUCAACUAUGGCACGUACCAAGAUUUUGAGGACCUACGCAAGGCCAAUGUCAGCCUUGCAGGCAAGAUCGCCAUCGCACGCUACGGUGGUAUCUUCCGCGGUCUCAAGAUCAAACGGGCUCAGGAGCUCGGCAUGGUUGGUGCUGUGCUCUACAGCGACCCUGGUGACGAUGGCGAGAUCCGAGAAGAGAAUGGGUACAAGACAUACCCAGAAGGCCCGGCUCGCAACCCUUCGAGCGUCCAGCGUGGCAGCGCUCAAUUCUUGAGCGUGCGUCCUGGAGACCCAACAACUCCGGGAUAUCCAAGCAAGCCCGGUGCGCCCAGAGCACCUGUGGAUGCCGCCAUUCCAUCGAUCCCAUCGAUUCCCAUCUCAUACGCCGAUGCACUGCCCAUACUCAAGGCUCUGAACGGCCAUGGACCCUCGGCUGAUGACUUCAACCAGUAUUGGACCCGCAACUUGGGCUUGAAGUACAAGGGAAUUGAGUACAACAUUGGCCCCUCACCCGACAACGUCGUCAUCAACCUGUACAACGAGCAAAGCUACGUAACGACGCCUCUCUGGAACGUCAUCGGAAUUGUUAAUGGUACUAUCCCGAAUGAAGUGGUCGUGAUCGGCAACCAUCGUGACGCCUGGAUCGCUGGCGGCGCUGGUGACCCCAACAGUGGCUCCGCCGUACUCAACGAAGUCGUUCGUAGCGUCGGAGCCGCUCUUGCAGCUGGCUGGACCCCGCUCCGCACAAUUGUCUUCGCCUCUUGGGAUGGCGAGGAAUAUUCCCUCAUCGGCAGUACGGAGUGGGUUGAGGAGUAUCUCCCUUGGCUCACGGAUGCUGCGGUUGCCUACGUCAAUGUGGACGUAGGCGUCCGGAGUGCCAACUUUGAUGCCGCAGCAGCCCCGCUCCUUCACCGCGUCCUUCGGGAGGUUGUUGCCGCUAUUCCAUCGCCAAACCAGACUGUCCCAGGACAGACCGUGGGUGAUCUGUGGAGCGGCAAGAUCAGGCCCAUGGGCUCCGGCUCCGACUUCACGGCGUUCCAGGACUUUGCCGGCAUCCCGUCGCUGGACUUUGGGUUUGGCGGCUACGGCCCCAAAGAUGCGGUAUACCACUACCACAGCAACUACGACUCAUUCUACUGGAUGGAAAAUUUUGGCGACCCAGGCUUCGAAUACCACAAGGCCAUGGCGCGUAUCCUCGGUCGCACCGUCGCGGAGUUGUCCAACAGGCCCAUUAUCCGCUUCGACGCGACCGAUUAUGCCGACGCUCUCGCCGGUUACAUUGAUAAGAUCGACGCCAAACUGGCCGCCGCCACCUCCUCCGCCGAGCCCGACAUCGCCACCAUGUCCGAAGAAGAAAUCUUCGCCCUUCGCUCCAGCGGCCUCCCCUCGGGUGAUGAAGCCGAAGAAGUCCGUCCACGCGGCAGUCCGGCCGAUGUCGCUGAGGCCCUCGCCCACCUGCGCUUCCUGACCGCCAAUCUCCGCAUCGAGACCCAGCGCCUCGACGCGCUGGGCCCGCUGGGUCGAAGACACCCAUAA